AUGUCAGCCUGUGAUUGCUCAAACUGCCAACCAGAAGAAGCCAAAGCACUUUGGAAGGCUCAGUGUGCACUCACCAGUGACAACAUUGACACGGCUCUUGCAAUGAGCGCGGCCGAACUCAACCAACUCUUCAACUCGCUUCCCAAUCCCCCUCCUCCUCCUGCGGUCGAACAAAGACCAUUUGCAUUUGCGUGUGGAAAAGACGACACUAUCUUUCAGGUUCCGUUGCUGAAAACACUAGUGCAGCGUUUGGAAGAAGGUUUCAAAGAGUGCUUCCUCUCCGUUUUCACUGAGUGUUCAGACCUCGGGCCGCCAGAUUAUUUUGGAAACGAUUUAGCGUGGGACGUGGCAAAGAAUAUAGAUGUAAUCACUAAACCUAGCGAUUUGGCCAUAGUUUUGGUUAGUGAGACCAUUCCCGGCCAAUUUGAAAGCAUAUUCAAAGCUUUAUGCCAGUGGAAAGAAGAAUUUCAACCGGAUGAACUUAUGGCUAAAGCUGUUGCUUGCCGUAAAAAGGCGUGCAUAUCUCAAGGACGACUGAAGAUACCACAAUCGGUGGAGGCUCAAGCUUUAGCCGCUGCACAACGGCAGCAAGCAAAAGAUGCCCAAGACAAAAAGAAAGAGCUUGCUGAAAUGUUAAAGGCCGAUCAGUGUCCAGCUAUUCCAAAGAGGAAUGAUAAGCGUGCGGCAGAUGAUACACUGCAGACGGAUCAUGCAAAGACUAGGGUCACAAAUCAGCUUUGGAUUUUAUUAGCUGCAUCAGCUUUUUCAACUUCAAACAUGACAGUAAGAUAA